AUGUCGGACAAGAGACAGGCUGUAAGUCGUGGUUUCGAGCCCUUGUCUGACGUUUUCCCACCCCCGUUGCGUGCUCGUCGUCUGUCGUCCAGCCUACCAUCGCGGUCUCGCCCUCUCAGCCAGCCUUUGCCGAGCUCUUUGGCCCGGCGCCGUCGUCGCGCCUGCGCUUGUUGUGCCACCCCUGCCGUGCCGUGAGCGGAUCGCGGGCGCGUGUCUCCCCCCACGCCGUCGCGAUGAGGAUAAACAACCGGCUUUCUCGACGCGUCGAUGCAAGAAGCCCCCGAGACACAAUCAUGUAACGAGAUCAUAUUCAAUUUCCAUCGCAUGGACUGACCUUCAAGUUUCGUCAUAUUUUCUUUAUUAUGUAGCUCGCCAACGCCUACGUCGAGCUCGCCUCGUCGCUCACGCGCGCUGCGAACGCGGCCGAUGCCUACGCCAGAGAACUCGGCGUCGCCGCUACGCCCGCCCAGCUCGAGGCUCUCGUAGCCAACCCUCCCAACCUUCCUUUUUACGGAGCCAAACAUGGCAGCAAGGUAUGUCUCACACUUGUAAUCGACUCGUGUUGCUGCGGGCCGCCCCCUUGGCAGCGCUCUCGAAAUCGAAGCUGACUAUGUUUAUCCCUCUGCCGGUCACGUGCUACCGCCUCAGGCCGCCGCUGCCGCCGCUGGCUCCGACGACGAAGAGGACGGAGAGGGCAAGAGCAAGAAGAAGCUCAAGGUCAAGAAGGUCAAGGACCCCAACGCCCCCAAGCGUCCUGCUUCGGCCUACAUCGAGUUUCAGAACUCCGUUCGUGAACAAUUUCGCACGGCGGCGCCAGAGGCUACCUACCAAGAGAUCUUGAGGAAGAUCUCGGGGAUCUGGCAAGCCAUGUCCGACGCCGAGAAAAAGGUCGGUUGACAAUCGUCUAGUCGUUUUCGGUCGAAGCGAUCGUGUCCGCGGAUGUUGACAUGCUGCGAGGGGACUAUUGUUUUGCGCAGCAAUGGAACGACAUCACCGCCGAGAAGACGCUCGAGUACGAGGAGGCCAAGAAGCACUACAAGCCCGUUGAAGGUGCCGAAGCUGUCGCGGCCCUCCCCGCCGUCAUCACCGUGGGCAAGGACGGCAAGGAAUACACCGGCAAAAAGCGCGGACGUAAGUCCAACGCCGAGAAGGCCGCCGAGGCCGCGCACGGACUCGUCGACACAAACGGCAACAUCGAUGUCGCGACCGGCGGAAUUCUUGCCUCGGGCUCUGGCGACAAGAAGAAGAUGCCCAAGUCGAGCAAGAAGCAGAAGGAUGCUGCUCCCGUAGGUCCCUUUGUCAUCGUCGCCCCCCGAUCCCAAGCGACUGAUGUCCUUCUGCUACUUUGCUCUUUGCCCAACAUUCUUCGUGAUUCUCUGAUCGCCUCCUACAGGCUCCUUCCGAGAGCGAGGAAAGUGAGUCCGACUCGGAUGACUCGUCGGAGGAAGAGGAGGAAGUCGCUCCCCCGCCCAAGAAGUCGCCCGUCUCCAAGAGGGGCAAAGCGCUGCCAGAGGAGAAGCCCAAGUCGAAGAAGGCCAAGCACUGA